CGCUUUGGUACCACCUCUCCCUCCACUCCCUUAGUCAUCUCUCUGAUCACUUCUUCGUUCUCGUCGCGGAUAACUCGUGUGCGCCAUAAUUAAUUUCGCUUUAUUCGAAAAUCCCAAACACUAAUCCAAACUAACGAUGGGCGUUGAUGUAACAUUCCUGGCCGAAGGAGACGGUGCCACUUUCCCGAAACGAGGCCAGACCGUCACCGUGCACUACACAGGUACAUUAACUGAUGGCAAGAAAUUUGACUCGUCACGCGACCGUAAUAAGCCUUUCAAGUUCAAGAUUGGAAAAGGAGAAGUUAUCAAAGGUUGGGAUGAAGGAGUUGCCCAGAUGAGUAUUGGUUCUCGUGCUAAGCUGACAUGUUCUCCAGAUUAUGCCUAUGGAGCCCUGGGACAUCCUGGUGUCAUUCCGCCAAAUGCUACUUUGAUUUUUGAUGUUGAACUAAUCAAAUGCGAAUAAAAAUGUACACAACACAUGCUAUUAUAACUACUUAAAUACUAAAAUAAAAAAAUGCACCUUCAAGACUGACCAAUAUGUUUUUCCCAUCAAACAACUUCAUUGCUAAAUACUAUCAUGAAUUAGUGUUAGAAAAAUAUUGUCUUAACAGAUUUACUAUAGUUACUUGAUUGCCAAAAUUAUCUAUAAGUGGUUUCUUACUAUCAAGAAUUAUCAAUAUGAAUAAUCUAUUACCUUAUAAAAUAUUGUUGCAAUGCAAUAAAUAUGUAUCUUUUUUUCUUUUUUAAUCAAACAGAAUUAUAAUUGGAAACAACGAAUAAUAAACAAAAUGUCUAUAAUUAUAUA